UGAUUCCCGAGUGAAGAGUUAGAUUUCGAGGAUGAAAACCCCUUUGAAAAAACGGUUUCUAGUGUGAUCCGGUGCGUGAUUAUUGUCGGAAAAUAAUUGGACUGACCUAAAUUUGUCUCUUUUGAAAGAAGUGAGGGUGUUAAAACGCCCGUUUUCUUUACUUUUUGGCCGAAUGAGACGGGUGACUUCGUUGUUGUGAUGACGAUCGAUAUUUCGAUAUAAAUAACGGCCCUCUGAACUAUCUCAUCCUCCUCUGACAGUUACUGAGUUUUUUUUUUUUUUUUUUUUUUUUUUUUUAAUAAUUGUCGUUUCAAUCAAUCGAAAAAAGUGAUUUUAAACGUGUUGUGAAAAGAAAUGCCCUAGAGUGUUGUGUUUGACGACGUCACACCAGCAUCUGAGAAAAAAAAAUCUGUUUUCUUUUUCGAAAUCUUUUGAACAUGAAAGGUGUUCUUUUGGCUUGCUCCCUUUGAUGAUGACACCACGCCCUCUCCACGUGCUCGUCCUCACGACUGUGCUAAUCAGCGUAGCGUUUGGAAGGGAUGGUAACUUAGUGAGUGUUACCAGCCCGGCGAGACUCCCUGGCGACGGCGCAGCGUUGCCAGACAAAGGCAGACGCGAGGUCACGCCUACGGUGAUCCUGGGGAGAACAGGUGUACCAGUCGAGGUCACACAUGAGGUCACAGACGGCAUUCUAGUCUUCGACAAUCCGAUCAUCGACAAUCCCACAAACUCUGAGAAUGUCCAAGCCGCGGAAGACUGUGUGCUGAAAGAACGCGGAUUAUUGACGCCUGAUGGGAGGGUAGACCCAGAGCCCUUUCUGGAAAGGCUGAUUCUCGCCCUUAACGUCACUCGUCCUGACAUCGUGAACCGCGUUUCCUACGCUGUGACGUCCUGCCCGCUCGAAAACUUUGGUGAAUGGGAAACGUGCAUCGUGUCUGAAUGUCUUCAAAAAGACCCCGCCAUGCCUGUGCCUACAACUAUUGAUCCUGAGGAGUAAUGAAGACUUGACUACUUAGUGGAGUGUAUUAUAGAAGGGAAAUCUUGGCCAUCGCUUUGAUAAUAUUGAUUUAUUGAUAGCAUUCAUUUCAUUGCUAGAAAGUGAAAUAUUCUCGGAGAUAUAACUUGUUUUCUCAUCAGCAUCUUAACACCUUAAGGCUUAUUUUUGAUUUAUUUGUUUUAAUACAAAUUUAUGUAGCCUCUAUAGACAUUCAAUUAAGUCUAUACACAACUUUUAUGGCAGUAACUUGAUAUGAGAACUGAAUUGAAUAGGAUGCAGUAUAUCUCUUCAAACUUUAUAAACUCCUUUUAAGUACAUGGACCAGCUUCAGCUUACCAUACUCUAUAAUCAUACAAUAAAAAAGUGCUUGAAUAAAAAAGGGUAAAGAUAUGCAACAGCUUUAUUAAAAUUGUCUAUGUCAUUAACAUACGAAUUCCUAUCGCUUUAUCUGUGCCUAUGUUUCUUUUGAAUCUUGGAGGCAGCUUUCCAACAUAAUAUGAA